AUGGCGGAGUUCCCGACCGGCCUGCACUCGCCCGGCGCCAAUGCGAUUAAGACGAUAGAGACGUUCUAUGUGCGCCCCCGAUGGCUAUUUGUGCGCGUGGAGACAGAAAGCGGAGUUGUUGGCUGGGGCGAGGCUACACUCGAAGGGCACACCGAAGCCGUGGAGGGCGUCUUCACGGACCUCCGCGAGCGAUUCAUUGGGUGGGACAGCGCGGCGAUCGAGGACAUCUGGCAGACGGCAUAUCGACUGCGCUUUUACCGUGGCGGGCCGGUUAUGAUGAGCGCGAUAUCUGGCCUGGACAUUGCGCUGUGGGACAUCAAGGGCAAGACGCUCGGCGUACCAGUGUGGCAGCUGCUUGGCGGGAAAGUCCGCGACAAAUGUCGUUGCUAUGGGUGGAUCGGUGGAGACAAGCCCAGCGACGUGCUAGCGCAGGCUGUCGCGCGGAAGGCCGAGGGGUUUACAGCUGUGAAGAUGAAUGCAGUCGAAGAUGUAUGGUCAGACGCCUUUGGGGUCAUCAUUAACGUGGAACAGGUUGACUGGCUCGCCUCUCCAGACAUCGUCGACGCUGUGGUGGAACGGGUGAAGGAGGUCAAGAGUAUCGGGAUUGACGUUGGCCUAGACUUCCACGGUCGCGUGCACCGUCCCCUCGCGAAACAACUUGCCAAAGCGCUUGAGCCGCACCGUCCACUGUUCAUCGAAGAGCCGCUUCUUCCUGGUCAGCCACAGGAGAUCCAGGCUCUCGCUGCGAGCACGACCAUCCCCAUCGCACUCGGCGAACGGCUCUUCACGCGACAGGAGUUCCGCCCAUACUUUGAGGCGGGCUGCGUUGAUAUCGUACAACCAGAUGUCGCGCAUGCGGGUGGCAUCAGCGAGGUGCGGCGGAUUGCAAACAUGGCUGAGUAUGUGACCAGUUUUGUUCAUUUAUUUGGGGGGAUCAAUGGGUUACAGAACAUACGACAUCGGGCUCGCGCCGCACUGCCCGCUCGGCCCCAUCGCGCUCGCGGCCUGCUUGCAGCUCGCCUUCGCGACGCCGAACUUUGUCAUCUGCGAGAUGAGCUGGAAGGCGGGAUUCACUACAACUCCGCGGAACACGACCUGCUGACGUACAUCCGCAACCCCGCCGCAUUUGCGGUUCGCGAUGGCAUGGUCGACGUCGCGGGGCUGAGCCGCCCGGGGCUCGGCAUCGACAUCGACGAGAAGCGGGUCAGAGCAGAGGAUGGCAAGUUUAGGGCCGGCGAAGUGAACGCGUGGCGAAACCCGGUUUGGAGGGGGCCCGACGGUGCGCUGCGCGAGUGGUGA